CUCCAGAUUUGUUGGUAAAUUUGGAGAAGCUAAGCAGAAGGCAUUUAAGUCAACACAGAAGAACAUCAUUUAAUAUAGGCCAUGCCCUGUAUACAGAGGAUGCCUGGCAACCUUAGUCACCAUUAUUUUGGUAGUUAAAUGAGUCUGUCCUAAAAGGCACCCCCACACGUGCAGGCCCAGGAAGAGAGAGGGCUUUAAACGGGAGGAUGGAAACCACAGUCUUCCUAAGGGCGGCCCAGCUUGGGCCUUUAAGUGGGGACACCCGGAGCCAGCCUCCCCAUACCAUCACAGCCCAGGUGAGCCUCGGAGUAAAGCCGGCCGACAACUGCCGGGCAUUCCGUUAACUGGGACCCCACGUGGGCAUAGAGGCGGCACCGGAGGCGCGCGGCCCACGAGCGAGGAGGACGUUAAUGCGGUUGCGGCGGGAGUAAGACCCAGGCAAAAAACGCUCCGGCCGCGGCCAGCCCGCAGCUCCGCCUCUUCCGGGGGGCGGGGCGGGGCGAGUCACGUGGGCCGGGCCGCGGAGACCACCGAGAUGGGCUGCCUCCGCGAGGCCUAGAGCGGCCCUGGGCGCUCGCGCCCACUUCCGCGUCAGCUUGCAGCUGCCAGCGUUUCGGUGUUCCGAGGGGGAGAGCGUGGGCUCCGGCGAGUUCUACGUGCCAGGUCCGCCCGGCCCCGGCUUAAUCGCUUUUCCUGGCGGCUCGUCAGCGUCCCCCUCCCCUAAAGUCGGGCCCGGUGUCGGCUCACCCCGCUCCCUGAUGCGGAACUCCGGCGUCCGGGCCUCGCAGAAGCCGCCCGAGGUGGCUGCGCGGCCUUCUAGAGCCCGGGUCCAGCCCCCUGCCCACCGAAGCGUGAUCCUCUUUUCUGUCCCAAAGAAUUUGGCCCAACAGCCUCCCGCGCCCUCUACUGACGUUUCUGUUUGGGGGUCUCUGAUUCCCUGGGCGGAGAUCCCGGUCGGGUCUCCGGUCAGCAUCAGCCACUGGAACACCGAGUAUUUAUUUUACUGUUAAUCCGCAUCUUGCCAUCUCUGUCCCUUCUCCUCUCCAUCGGCUCCGCUUUAGGGGCAACGUCAUGGUUCCUGUAAGCGCGCUUUUAGAUUUGUUCAGACCGAACACCGUAGGGAUAGGAUUCGUCUUGGAUCCCUCAGUCCAUUUCGUAUGAAUGGUCUCAGGAACGUUCAUGGACUGAGCAGGCAGAUGGAGAAUUGUCCUGAGGACCAGAGCAAUUCAUGAGCUCCUAAGGUUCUUGCUUUUCCAAAUCAAGAAGACAGUGCUCGAAACCAGGGGACAUCAGCCAUGCACCAAACAACUUGGCCUCAGAGCUUGACCGGGGACACGUUGUUUCAGGAGCCGGUGACCUUUGAGGACGUGGCCGUGUACUUCACCCAGAAUCAGUGGGCCAGCCUGGACCCCAUGCAGAGGGCCCUGUACCGCGAGGUGAUGCUGGAGAAUUAUACGAACAUGGCUUCCCUGGCAUUUCCAUUCCCCAAACCUGUUCUGGUCUCCCACCUGGAGAGAGGGGAAGCGCCAUGGGGCCCAGAUCCCUGGGAAGCAGAGGUUUUGAGACGCAUCUGUCCAGGUGGUGAGUCCCGGAUCAAGAACGAAGAGGCGGCUGGAAAGCGGGAAGCCUCUGAAGAGGCAGAGUGGCCCAGAAUGCCAGGAGGAGGGCUUCUCAGAAACGUUUCCCAGCACUUUGACUUUAAAAGCAAGGCGACAUGGCAGACUCUCAGCCUGAAUCCGAAUCUGAUCCUUCGGGGGGGAAUGAAGUUCUAUGAGUGUAAAGAAUGUGGGAAAAUCUUCAGGUACAACUCAAAGCUGAUUCGGCACCAGAUGAGUCACACCGGGGAGAAGCCCUUCAAAUGUAAGGAAUGCGGCAAAGCCUUCAAGUCCAGCUAUGACUGUAUUGUCCAUGAGAAAAACCACAUCGGAGAGGGGCCCUACGAAUGCAAGGAGUGCGGCAAAGGUUUGAGUUCCAACACGGCCUUGACACAGCAUCAGAGGAUCCACACUGGAGAGAAGCCGUACGAGUGCAAGGAGUGUGGAAAGGCCUUCCGCAGGAGCGCAGCGUAUCUCCAGCAUCAGAGAUUGCACACUGGGGAGAAACUCUAUAAAUGCAAAGAGUGUUGGAAAGCUUUCGGCUGUAGGUCACUCUUUAUCGUCCACCAGAGGAUUCACACAGGGGAGAAGCCCUACCAGUGUGAGGAGUGUGGCAAGGCCUUCACUCAGAAGAUAGCUUCCAUCCAGCAUCAGAGGGUUCACACCGGAGAGAAGCCCUAUGACUGCAAGGUGUGUGGGAAAGCGUUCAAAUGGUAUGGCAGUUUUGUUCAGCACCAGAAAUUGCACCCUGUGGAGAAGAAGGCCGUCAAGGUUCUUGGGCCAUCCCUGAGGAGUCCCCAGUGCCCCUCUUCAGCCCUAUCUGCUGUUCCUCUCCAGGGCCCAUGCUCUGCUCCAGGCGUGGCCGUGCCUUCACUGACCUUUCCACAUGCUGUGCUCGUCCCUACCUCUGGGCCUUUGUUCAUGCUACUGCCCGCAUCCGGAAUGCCUUCCUCACCUGUCCAAAUAGUGCGUGUCUUCCAGGGCCUUCCUCCGCCUGUAAAGCCUUCCCCAGUUAUUCUGACCCCUUCCCCACACCCGUCCUGAGCUUUAUCUCGGCACCCUUGAGGCUCUUAGGCCCAGCACAUCUUCAGCCUCGCUUGUUUUGUUUGCAUUUUUUUUCUCCGUUUACAUGCAUUACAGUUGUUUCGGCAUAAACUCCAUUAUAAUCUAUAUAUAUUGAAAGACUCUGUUUGUAGAUUUUUCCUCCGGUAGAAAGUGUAACCACUUGGCUUUUGCACUGGUCUCUUUCAGGCUUUCACAGUAAUGUCUGGAUCUGCACUGUGGGGGUGCUGAUGUUGGAAGUGCUGGUAGGACACUUUGUUGCAUUGGAGUGUCUGGGAGAGAGCCCCGCUCCCGCCCCCGGCUAGGUCAUUGUGAUUGGAGCCAGGCAGCCCCCCGGGGAAGCCAGGAGGCUGCCAGGAACUUGGGGCAGGCUGGGAAGAGCGCUGGGAUCUGCUUCCAGCAGCGGACUCAGAAAUUAAUGCAGAUUGCUCAGCGGGCUAAGGUGGUCCAUUAACAGAACUGAGGUUAUGUUGCCCUCGGCGCGGGUCAUUGAGCGUCUCCUGUGUCUGUGCAAAAGGUCAUGUGAAAUAACCAGUGGAAAACAACCGUGUGUAUGCAGUAAUAGCGAUCAUUUAUGUGACUGAGAGCAAUCAUGUCUUUAAACACAAAACGGUUUUUUUUUUUUUCCCUGUAGUUUUGCUCUUGAGAUCUAGAUGUUUCUUUUUAACUUUUCCUAAGUAAAUAUACACCAAGGUAUUCGUCUUC